GCGUGCGAGGGAUUCCCUGGCAUCGGAGGACAGCCGGGCAGCUCCCAGUGCGUCAUCAGGCGCGGACAAGUGUCUCUUGCGUCGAUCCAUCAGCCGCAGGCGCUGGGCCGUGCCUGGCCGGGCCCGGCUCAGUCAGAGGCGCCGGUAAUUUUAGCCUUGAUGCGCCAUCGCGCCGACGGCUUAAAGGAGCGACGCGCCCGCGCCCGCUCAGUGACCACCCGGUGCCGGUCGAGAGAGGGCCUCAGCGGCGCACGGCUCGAGCGGAGGUGCGACCGAUUGACAUACGACAGCAGCGCAGUGUACCGCGGUGGGAAGUUAUUGCUCAGUACAUACAGGUGCUUGCACUCUCGCCAGCCACGCUUAAUUAUAUAGGAAGAGGAAGAGGUAUGAGAAAAACGCACCGCGUGAUCUUCUUCCUUCUGGUGGCGUUCUGGUGCGACAGCGGAGCGCGUGCGCAGGAGGCGUCCUCGCCGGCGGCGGCCGGCGGUAGCCAUGGCACCCCAUCACCGUCCCCUGUGCCGCCCACGGUCACGCCACACGGCGAGCAGUGCAGCAAGUUCGUGCUGGAGACGCGUGCGGACCGCUCGGACCGCCAGCUGCGCGGCGUACAGCCCACCGUCAGCAUGGCGGAGGCCAUUGCCGUGUUCGCCGGAGUCGGUGUGUUCGCCUCCUUGAUCGCCUACGGCUUCCACAUGGUGAGGAAGCACAUCUACCACGACGCCGACAAUCUGGACACAGCGUUCGACGCCGGCGGCAAGGUGUCGAUCGGCCUGACAGCCACCACGAUCGUGUCACAGUGGACUUGGUCGGCGACGCUGCUGCAGUCGUCGACCGUCUCCAGUCUGUACGGCAUCAGCGGCCCCUACUGGUACGCUGGCGGCGCCACCAUCCAGAUCAUCCUCUUCGCCAUCCUCUCCAUCCAGCUGAAGACGCGCGCGCCCGGUGCCAAGACGUUCCUGCAGGUAAUCCACGCGCGCUUCGGUCCGCGUACGCACCAGGUGUAUUGCCUGUUCGCCUUCCUCACCAACCUGGUGGUGAUGAUGUCACUGACGAUCGCCGGCACGGCCGUACUCAACAGUCUGGUGGCCGACCUCAGCACGGAGAUGUCGGCCAUGCUGCUGGCCAUAGUCAUCGGCGGCUACACGCUGAUCGGCGGCCUGGGCGCCACCUUCUACGUCUCCUACUUCAACACGGCGCUCAUCUUCAUCAUGAUCCUGAUGCUGGUCAUCGAGGUGUACUACGACCCUAGCGGCAACCCCAACAACCCUUUCGGCAGCUCCGAACGCCUCUUUGACUUUGUAGAGUGCUGGCCCGGCCCGGCCGGCAACAAGGACGGCAGCUACCUGACGUUUCUCUCCUCGGGUGGCUUCAUCUUCGGCAUCGUCAACAUCGUCGGCAACUUCGGCACCGUAUUCUGCGACCAGGCGUACUGGCAGAGCUCAGUGGCGGCCAAGCCGCUGCAGGGUGUCUGGGGCUUCAUCCUUGGAGGCCUCACUUGGUUCGCCAUUCCCUUCUGCCUGGCCACCACGCUGGGCCUGUCCUACCUGGCCAUGAGCUCGGCGCAGGGUGCAGCCCUGCUUUCAGACAAGGACGUGUAAGGGCUGGUGGCGCCGAUAGUGGCGCAGGUACUGCUUGGCCGCACCGGCGAGUACGCCAUUCUCUUCCUGAUCCUGAUGGCUGUCAUGUCGACCGGCUCUGCCGAGAUCAUCGCUGUCGCCUCGAUCGUCAUCUACGACGUCUUUCAGAUCUACCUGAAGCCAUUCCGCAGCGAUCUAGCCCCGGGGGAAUGUAUCCUGUGCGGUCACAAGCGCUGCUCCGUCUGCCAUAAGGAUAACGUGGCCCGCAGCAAGGUCGACGGACUGGUGAAGCCCCACUUCACCUGCACCAUGCACGGCCAGUACCGCGAGUACCAGGAAAAGCUGCUCUACUACAAGAACUGGAGCAUCGUCUGGACGACGUUCAUGUCGAUCCCGCUGUGCAUCUUCUGCUGGGCGGUGGACCUGGACCUUGCCGACUUCGUGGUCAACACGGGCCAGCAGCUGCCGAUGCUGAUCGGAAACAUCGUCUCUGUGUCGGUGGGAGGCAUGGCGUGCGUCGCGCUCUCGCUGCUCGACAACGUGAACAUGACGGCUGCCGAGAUGGAGCACGAGUGGGAGAAGACGCGCGACAUUGACAACCCGCUGACGCCCUGGGUGUUUGUCUACCGCGACUGUCUCAACCUGAGCGAUAUGUCGCAGGCCGCCAGCUACCACGAACGGCCCCCCAUCGACGGCAUCGUCCGGCGCUUCCGACUGGCCAAGCGGACGGCAUUCGUAGCCGGCGCGUGCUUCACGCUGCUGUUCGUCGUUGUCUGGCCGGGCAGCAUGAUCGCCGCGCACCCGCUGGACAGUGCCGGCUUCCUGGCCUGGACGACCCUCUCCAGGGGUUGGGGCUUCUUAGCGGCUGCCUUCAUCAUUAUCGUGCCGCUGGUACAGGAGCUGGUCGCCCUCGUCAGCCAGUGGCGUAAGAACCAGUGCGCGCCGGUCGUCAGCACACCUGCAAUCCGCUCGCUGCAGGACGCCGAGGUUGUGGAAAACGGCGCGACCGCGGGCCGCGCCGCCAGCGACGCGCCGUUGGCCGAAAACGGACACGUGAGGGCGGCCGAGUGA